AUGGACAAGACAACAAUCACGAAGUUUUAUUCUUAUCAAAAGAAAUCUAUUUCAAGUGGCAUCGACGAUAAACGAUUAAACAAGAAAGGCGGCUUGAAAAAAGCCGAAAUCGUUCAGUGUACUUUGGAGAAAAGUGUCGACUCGAAAUCACCAGUCUCAAGAAAUACGCGUUCAUCGACCAGAGCAAGAUCAAAAGCAAAAUUAACCCGGCAAUCAUCAAAAAUCAAUGAUUUUUUCAAGUCCCAAACCGAUACUUCUGAUGAAACUCUUCCUGUGUCGAUACCAAAUAAUAGUGAAAAAGAAAUUGAAAAUAAGUAUGUUCCGUCUUCCUUUUUAACGUCGUUGGAGAAAAGUUGUGAUUCUUCAAAAGUUUAUGAUGCACAAGAACGAUCAGCCCCUGGAUUUAUUACCCCAACAAAAUCGAACCCGAAGCUUUCUUCUCAAAAAAGGCGAUUUGUUUCUUUAUCAGAUUCUGCUAAAACUUGUAUGUCGGAGUCAUCGACAACAAAAGAUGAAGAAAAAGCUACAAUAAUCAAAGAAAAAGUCGAUCCAACUUCGCAGAAAAGUCGAUCUGUUAGAAAAAAGCUUCCUUUAAGUGAUGAUGAUAACGAUGAAACAGAAUCUGCAGUAAAUAUCAAAAAACAGAAAAAUGAAGAGGUCUCAGAUGCUCAAAAUAUUACUUCAUGCCAAUUCUGGGAUCUAAGUUUCUCCCCAUUAAGUAAAAUAUCAAGACCCAUCUCUCCACUGCCUGAGACUCCACAAAAACUCCGGGAGAUGAGGCAGGCAACAUCUGUAAUGCCAGGGACAAGUUCUGACAAGUGUGUUGUCAACCUGAACAAAAUUCUGGAACUUCCAAACAGUCCAGGAAUGCCUCACACUGAGCUGAAUAUAACAAAAGCCAAUUUGACAAAAUGUGGGAAAUUGGAAGAACUCCAAAAACAUCUGAUGAAAAUGAAGGAAUUGAAAGAACAAAAAAACCAGAAAACCAAAGCUGGUAAAAGUCCUGUGAAAAGUCCCGUGAAAAGCCCAGUCAAAGUUACAGAAGCUGAAAGUGAAACAACCAGUAAAGAACUUCCUUCACCAAACAAAACAGCCAAGGCUCCAGCUUAUGAGCGCUUUAAGCACCUGAUUCUUCCUUCUGUUCCUUCACUGAUUUUACCCCAUUCUUAUAUUGUCUUGGAGGACUUCUUCAAGAGUACAGACACAGUAGUCAGUAUGAUGUUCAAUAGAUCCGAAGUUUGUACUUUAGCUAAAGUCAAGGCUGCUGUUCAGGAAAUGACUAAAAGAAAUUUUGAAGCAAAGGUACUUGGUCAGAUCAAGACAGUGUAUCCUGGGGCUUAUGAAUUCAAACAAGAGAAAGGCCUUCCUAAAAGUGGAUACAAAUAUCAGGGUUAUCAAUUGACCCUUACUCCACUUUUUGAUGCAGUUAAUUCAAAAGAUGCUUGUGAAGAAAAGAUUAAAUUUACAUCAUCUGACAUUCUACGCAGACAAAAGAUUUUCCAUAGCAAUUUGGUUAAUCUUGUGAAAAAAAAACACAAGGUAUUUUUACAAAGUCUAAACAUCUGCAUUCCUGAAGAAAAGCUUACUCGUUGGCACCCAAGAUUUAGAUUAGAUGAAAUUCCUGAAAUUGAAUCUUCUGCACUCCCAGAGCCACCUUAUAUGAAAAUUUACCAAACAGCCAAAGAUGUUUUGGAAGAUACAAAGAAAAGAUUACAUCCAAAGGUGAAGAUAGCUCUAGAAAAUGUGGCUGCUGCUUCUACUCAGCAAACACCAGUCACUGCUAUGACCCCUGCAUCUAAUUCUACCAAAGAAGAUUUGAAAGGCAUACCUCUAGGGCUGCUAGAAAGAAUUCGAGCAAAAGAAGCUCAACGUUUGGGAGAAUCCAUUACACGAAGCCCCAUAAAGGAUCAAAAGAAGAAAAUGCUGGAUCGCCUCCCAGAAAUUUCUCGUAUUCUUAGAAAUUAUUUUGUCACUGAAAAGAAACCUGCUUUGCUUUUUGAUGAUCUCCUUGAAAAAAUCAGUCAAAGCUACAAAUCACCCAUUUCAAAAGCUGAUGCUGAAAAUCACUUAAAACUGUUGUUGGAAGUUGCUCCUAACUGGAUCACAGUUGCCAACACCAUGAAAGGCAAAUAUAUUAAAAUGGACAAAACAAUCAAAUUGCAGAAUAUCCAAGAAAAGAUCAAUAAAUACCAAAAGAAUCUGUGA